AACAAGAAUCAAUUUUUUCUUUAAAAAAACACAAUUACGAACUUAGCCUAGCGGUAUAAAACUUUUGUCUAGUACAAAAAAAAUACACCCUUUAAGAUCCUCUAUUAAAAUGGUGACAAAAAAAAAAUUCUCUUGUAAAAAAGAAAAAAAAAAACAAAACAGCAUUCUCUUGAAUUUUCUUUCUACACAAAUUCUUUAGUCGAUGUUGGGCGGGCGGCUUGUUUAGCCAUUGGUUCAUUAAUCAUCAUAAAAAUAAAAGUUGAAUUAGUGUUAAUAUAUCCUUUUUUUUUUUUUUUAAUAUCCAUUCGAAUCUGAGAUUUCUGUCACUGUUGACCGCUAAACCUAACGACCCUUUGACUUCUAUAACACCACAAAUAAAGCCCUUUCCUUUCUAGUCUUACUGCUCUGAUUUCGCUUUCCUCACCGCAAAACUAGGGUUCCUCUCUAAAAACUAGCCAAAAGCUGAACAUUUGCCUUUUUUUUUUUUUUGCUUUUCUCUUCAGGUUCAAUUUUGGAAAUUUCACUGAAAUUUUGCCACCAUUUGAAAUGCAGUGUUUGGAAGCAGUACCGGAGUUAAACAGCAAUGUUGUGACGAUCAAUGUCGGCGGCCAAAUUUUCCAAACAACAAAACAAACCCUAACCCAAGCGGGCCCCAAAUCCCUCCUUUCUCAACUCGCAGAAACCACUUCCAACCGUUUCGUCGACCGAGACCCCGAUUACUUCUCUGUCCUCCUCUCCCUCCUCCGCACCGGUACCCUUCCUUCCAAAGUCAAAGACUUUGACCUCCGCGACCUCAUCGAAGAAUCCAGAUUCUACGGCCUUGAGCCUCUCUUGACGAGCUCUUUGACCAACCCUUCUCACUUUGAUGCCUUUGCUCUCCAAAAAUCGUCAAUAUUGCCCUUGAACGGCCGUGACUUCCCUUCCGUGAUUGCCACGACGCCGUUUGGGUCCUUGCAUGUUUCCCACGGGAGCAAGAUCACGUCUUUCGAUUGGUCGUUGACAAAAAAGUCAACGAUUUUGACCCAAUUCACAGCCAUCGAUUCCUUACUUGCCAUAUCCCCAGAUAUCGUGGCCGCCGGUGCAACCGACUUUUCGGGCCUGCAGAUUCUUGAUCUCCAAAACGGGUCCAUCAAACAAGUUCUCAAUUGGGAGAAUGUGACCCGGUCCGGUUCAACAGUUCAAGCCAUUGGUUCAUCAGGCGAGUUCUUGUUUACUAGCUUCGAAUCCAGUAGGAGAAACUCGAAUUCAAUAAUGGUUUAUGAUUUGAAUACCUUGAACCCUGUUAAUGAGCUUGGUCAUAAUGAGAUUUUCGGGGCUGAUCUUGAUUCAGCCAUACCAGCUACAAAGCUGAGAUGGGUUUCGGGUUAUGGGUUAGUUAUGGCAUCCGGGUCACACAGCGGGUUAUCGGGUGUGGCAGGUAAUAUUAGGUUUUGGGAUAUAAGGUCUGGUAACAUGGUUUUUGAAUUGAAGGAAAAAGUUGAUUGCUUUUCUGAUGUUUGUUUUUCGGAUAAUUUGAAUGCCAUUUUUAAGAUUGGAGUGAAUUCUGGGGAGGUUUUUUAUGCUGAUUUUAGGAGUUUAGGGAGUGUGAAUGAUAAUAGUGAUCCAUGGAUUUCUCUUGGGGAUAGGAGGAAGGUUGUUAACGGGAAGAAAGAAGGGUAUGGGUGCAAAAUAGAGAGUCAUGGGAAUCAAGUGUUUUGUAGUAAAGGAGGGGAUAUAGAGUUGUGGUCGGAGGUUGUUAUGGGUCCGGCGAAGAGUAGUGAGGGUCGACUGAAGGAAAGGGAUUUUAGGAAGAAUUUGAUGGGAAGAGUGAAGGAUAUGGGAGGCUUGAGGAUAACCAACUUGGCAUUUGGUGGGAACAAGAUGUUUGUGACCCGGAAGGAUCAGCAAGCUGUUGAGAUUUGGCAGGGUUCCUCGACACGGUUUUGAUCUUCGGACGGAACCUUUGGUUAGAUGUUGCAUGGGAGAGAAUGUUGAUCAAACUACAAGUUCUUGUUUCUUGGUUGUGAUUUGCAUGAUGAUUUCUUGCAAAACUAUGCUUUGAUUGGGGAAGUAACAUCCAAAAAUUCAGAGGAUUGCUAAGAGUAAUAUAAGACAGAAGUAAAAUGAUGCAGCAUAGGCAGGAUAAAUCGAGAGCGAAUAGAGAUGUUAAAGAAUAAGAAACAGAGGAAGUGGCGGGGAGAUUCAGAGAGACAAAUGAACAAGUCUCAGUAAUACUCAAUUCAUCCAUCUACCUUUAGGACCUGGACAAGUCAUCCAGCUGAAUAUGGAGCAAGCUUCAAAUCAUGGGAUUUCGAACCUAUCAAUUGGUAAUGACAUCCUUUGCUAAAAGAAAAGGCCUUUGAAUAAAACAAAGCCUUUAAGAUGACAUUAAUGUUGGGAAAUAGGAUACAGCUUUCUUGAUGCAAAAACUUCUUUUCGAUAUAUUGUUGCAGGUUAUUUCUAAGCUGGUGGAAGUAGAGUAGAUUGCAUUUCGGCUUUGAUUACGAAUUCAAAAUAGAUCUGAGGAUAGUUUUUGAUAUUUCUGGAAUCAAGCUAUGAAUAUAUCGUCAUAUAGUAGAUUAAGCCUGCAAUAGCCAGAGACAUGUCUAUAACUUCCAAAAGUGUAAAGUCUUUUAUUCCAAAAUAGAGCAGCAACAUGGAACCCCUUUCUUAAUUUUUACCUAAUAGACACAUAAUAUGUGCAUUUCUGAGAUCGUCAGAGAAUAUUAUGGCAGAAGAAGGAUUGUGAAGAAAUACCAGGCCUGUCGGUCUGCCAAUGGGUUAAACCUAAAAGGUUGCUCUUUGGCUAUGACACUAAUUAAAGUAAGCUUCACUAUGCAUGCAUACUUGAUUAAGAAUGGCAGUUUCAGCAGCUACUAUAUUCCAAAGAUCAAUUAUCUAGGUAUGGCUGAGAAGUGAGAAUGGUUGCCUCAAACCUGUCAGGCUGUCGCUGUAGGGUUCAAUUGCAAUCAAUUAUUUAUGAAAACCAAGGUCGUGAUGCUGGCUGUUUUAGACUUUGGCUGUACUUGCUCCUUUUAGAGUCAUUUAAAACUCGGUGUACUCUCAACACCUAUUGUGACGACAGUCAGCCUGACACUAAUUUGGGGUCGAUUAAUUGUGUGAAUUAAGAGCUGUGUAAUUUGGUUUCCUUUUGACCUUGUAAAUCUUUCUAGACAGUCGAUGGAAACCGUUAAACUAAAAUGCAUUUGGAGUAAUAUCUUGUAAAUUUUUGAAUCUAUUUUCUUCCAUGCUUUGACAUAGGAAAUCCAUGAGAUCGGUAAUGAUGAAUAACCAAACCAUGAGCUGGGCACGCUUGAAGAUGCAGUCCCGGUUUGAUCCUGCAAAUCAACGCGGCUGGACCAGGAGCUUGCCUGCCUUGUCUAAAGAGGCACGAUGCCAUUAAAUGCAUGCUAGUAUGGGGUUUUAGGUGGGUUAAGCUUGAAAUAUACGUAGUCCGACAGCAUAACAACAUUAUGCUUUGCUUAAGCUUUUCUCAUCCUUCUUUUUCAAAACCAUAUAUUCAAAGACAUUAGGUGAUACUAGUCAGUAGCAGCAGCUUUUUCAUUUUGAAAGUAAUUAAUUUUCUUGCUGGGGAUUUAAAAACGUUAGG